AUGGUCCAAGAAGCCAGCACAGAGCCUGAGACCUGGAAGACUCCCCAGGGCCAGACACCCAUUCUGCCUUCCCAGGAGGAGGACAAGGAGGGACUAGUGGAGCUACACACCUCCUUCAGGGAGCUGCUCACUUUUUUCUGUGCCAAUGCCACUAUCCAUGGCACCAUCCGCCUUGUCUGUUCCCGUCAGAAUCGGCUUAAGACAGCAUCCUGGGGGUUGCUGCUCCUGGGUACCAUGGGGGUGCUAUAUUGGCAGCUUGCACUGCUCUUGAAACAGUAUUGGAGUUACCCAGUCAUCAUGGCAGUGUCUGUGCAUUCUGAGCACAAACUCUUACCAUCAGUCACUCUGUGUGACAUGAACCCAUAUAGGCCAAGCCCCAUUCGCCAACAUCUGGAAGUACUUGAUGCAUUUGCCUGGGAGAACAUCUAUGCCCUCUACAAGUUCAACCUUAGUGAGAGCAGGGAUGCCCCUUUUGCCAAUGUCCCCAGCCAUGGGCCCCACUUCCAGCUGGAUCGUGGGAUCCGUCUGCAAUGGUUGAGUCACCUGGACAACCAACACAAAGUGGGUUUCAGACUGUGUAACAGCACCGGUGGCGACUGCUUCUACCGUGCCUACUCCUCAGGUGUGACAGCUGCCCAGGAAUGGUACCUCUUCCACUACAUGGACAUCCUGGCCCUGCUCCCCACAGUCUGGGAGGACAGCUACCAAGGCCAUGAUGGCCACAUUGUCUUGUCAUGUCACUAUGACAGUGAGGACUGCCAGGAUCAGCACUUCCAGAAGUUCCACCACCAGACCUAUGGUAACUGCUAUACCUUUAAGGGUGGCUGGGCUGCACAGCACCCUGGCAUCACUCAUGGAAUCAGCCUGGUCCUCAGGACUGAGCAGCAAGAUCACCUCCCUCUUUUGUCCAUGGAGGCUGGAAUCAAGGUCAUGGUUCAUGGGCACAACCACACACCUUUCCUGGAACACAGUGGCUUCAACAUCCGGCCAGGGACUCAGACUACCAUUGGAAUUCGAGAGGAUGAAGUACGUCGGCUUGGAAAGCCCUAUGGCUCCUGUACUGAUGGCGCUGAGGGCGUGGAUGUGGAGAUGUUGUAUAAUACCUCAUACACCAUGCAGGCAUGCUUGGUGUCCUGCUUCCAGCAGCUGAUGGUAAAGACCUGCUCCUGUGGUUAUUACCUCUACCCACUACCUGCAGGAGCCCAAUACUGCAGCCACAAGCGACAUCCAGCCUGGGGUCACUGCUUCUACCGACUCUACCAGGACCUGGAAACCCAUCAGCUCCCCUGUAUCUCUCGCUGCCCCAGGCCCUGCAGGGAGUCUUUGUACAAGCUCUCAGCAGGGACUUCCAGGUGGCCUUCAGCCAAGUCUGCUGUGAGUCUCAUGGGAUGCAAUGGGGAUAGGCCAGUACCCCUGGUACUCCUCACAUCCACCUGUGUUAUUGGGGGCAGGGGCAAUGUGGUCAUGCAAGCCUUCUCUGUGAGCAGUGUGGCCAAGGUGAACAUUUUCUAUCGGGAGCUCAACUACCGUACUGUGGAUGAAGCACCAGUAUACUCUGUUCCACAGCUGCUGUCUGCCAUGGGCAGCCUCUGGAGUCUGUGGUUUGGCUCAUCUGUCCUCUCUGUGCUGGAGCUGCUGGAACUGCUCCUAGAUGUCACCGCCCUCGCACUGCUGCUGGGCUUCCGCUGGCUUCGCAGGGGGCAGGUGUCCCGGCUGGGAGCCAGCACUGCCACAGAGCAGACCCACACAUCAGAGGCCAGCCAGAGGCCCACAAACUUCAAGGAUGAUAUCAGAGGUCCAGGGGGACCAGCAGGGGCUAACUCCCCACAGAUGCUUCCUGGGGAUCUGGAGGGCAUCUCAGUGGAAGACUGGGCUGAACUCAAGCCCCUUGAGAUCUUGACAACUAAAGUACCCCAAUAG